AUGGCCAGCUUUCCUUCGCCACUGUGGGUGCGGCGCUACGUGCUCAACUUCAAUGCCAUGGCGCUGGUGCUGCUCGCGGUGCAGAACGCUGGAUAUCUGGUCUUGAUAAGCUAUUCACAGCAGCAGGGGAAAGAGUACCCGCUGGCUGCUGGCGGUGUAGAAACGGACGAGGAGGAGGUGCGUACGGUCACCUUCAAGGCUUCGCACUUUCUCGCCACGACGGAGUUGGUGAAGCUCUUUCUAUCUCUCCUGUGGUGCGCCCUGGACGAGGCGCGGGCAAUGCAACAGGAGCGCUGUUCUGCCGACGCAGUCACCACACCAACGGCGGCGUUGCUAGUUGAGGGUUCCGGGCGGAGCAAUAUCGCGACAUUUGCCGAGACACCCAAAUCGAUCGCGGAUGCGUCGUGUCAGCUCUCGCACAAUCUCGACGACGUCAUAGAGGACAUGGAUGCCGAAUCCCCCGAUCACGCCGUCCCGCUGCGGGUUCUGUUUGCCCGAAGGAGGUUCGCCGGUGUAUUUCUGAGCCGCAUGCGCCAUGCCAUCGGGCUGGACCACAAGUACAAGGAGACACUGCUCAUGAUUGUGCCCGCCAUCGUCUACGCUAUCCAGGGGCUGCUGCUCAUCUACUCCCUGAAGCUGUUGGACCCGACCGUGUUUCAGGUCCUGUACCAGGUGCGCAUCCUCUUCCUGGCGGUGAUGAUGCGGGUCGUGCUGGACUUCCGUCUCUCGCCGAUCCGGUGGGGCGCGCUGGUGGCGCUGAUGUUUGGCAUCACGCUGGCACAGAUGGGUGCGCAGAGCGCGCGAGCGGAUAUAACAACCAGUAAGGCAGACGACGCUGCACGAUCAGAGAUGGAGAACGCUGCGGCGACCGAAAAGACCUCCAGCACGUGGUCAAUGGAGGGUACGCUGGCUGCGCUCGCUGGCGGCUUCCUGAGCGCGUUCUCCGGUGUAUUCAUGGAGUUCGUGGUGAAGAAGCGCGGCAGCCAGUUUCACCUGUCGGCGCGCAACACCCAUCUCGCGUUCUUCUCCGUCGUGUACUUCUUCAUUGUGUUCCUGUGCGAGAUCUUUCAGCCGGAAGAGGGGGCGGGCGGGGUUGAUGAGUUCGCAAGCACGUUCUUCGACGGCUUCACCGGGCUGGUGUGGUUCCUGGUGGUGCUGCAGGCAAUUGGCGGGAUUCUUGUGGCUCUGGUGGUGCGCUACUGCGACAACAUCGUCAAGUCGUUCUCGACGGCGUUCGCGAUUGUGCUGAGCGGCACGGCGUCCGUGUAUCUGUUCCACACGCCGCUGAACGGGUCGUUUCUGAUGGGCUCCCUCCUUGUGCUCACCUCCACCACCAUGUACGCCCUCAAGAAGUAA